GGCGGUUGAGAUUUGAGAACGACAACGAUGGCGGUGAGAGGUUUAUGGGCAAUGGCGGCAACCAUGGCAUUGAUUCUUUUUCCUUUUGCAGGUGUACUUGUUCACGCAGGAGUUGAUCAUCACCUUCUCUGGUCUGAUUCUACUCCUGGAACGAUCUUCACUUUCUCUCUCGGUGACAAUCUUGUGAUCACUAACAACACACCUGAUGGUUUUCUAUUUGUGAGUGCAUUGCAUCACAUAAAUUGUAACACAUCGGAACCAUUUAGCGUAGAGACGGGAGCUUUGACUGUGAUUCCAUUGACUGAUACACAGACACGCUUUAUAAUCAGCGAAUGGGCUGAUCUUUGUAGAGACGACCUCAAGUGGCAAGUGAAUGUGAGAGAUCCAGUGCAAGAGGCCAAUGAGGCUCCUUGACCUCUGUGGGUGUUUGUGGUGCUGUUGAAAUGAUCAUGGACCUCAUGGUUCACUAUGGUAAUCUUUGCCAUUUUUUGUGGUAACUUAUAAGUAUGAUAAUAACUUUUAGAAGGGCUUGGUGGUUGUUUUUCGUUUGGAUGUAGCUUGAAAUUAUGAAAAAAAUGUACAUACAGCGUAUCAAAGAUGACUUAUCUUUACUUUCCCCUUUUCAGUGCAUCAAAGAUGAAGGGUUAGGACCCUCAUUGAGUCGUUUUAGUGG